GUCUAGCAGGAAGGUAGAUGAAACAGGUUAGAAACAUACCGUAAACGUUUCUAAUAUCAGAAAUUUUGGGAGGCUUCUUUGAAAACAGCUUCUGUCAGAAGAAUGGCAUCGUCUUCUCUGCAAAUUUAUGCAUUGCUGCUGGCUUUAGCAGGAUUCACCAUUUUACUUGUUACUACCAUGUCCAACAGAUGGAAGAUUUUGGACACUGCAACAAUGCUAGUUACUGCAGACUGGAUUUCUGAAGGUCUUUGGAUGGACUGUGCAGUGACUGCUUUUGGAUCAAUACAGUGCAAGAAAUUUCUCUACAUGUUGAGUUCAGAGACUCAUAUUCAGGCAUGCCGUGCCUUGAUGAUUGCUUCCAUCCUUUUGGGAUUCAUAGCUACUGUACUCUCGCUGCUUGGUUUGAAGUGCACAAAUGUUGGGUUGAGCGAUGAAGACGGAAAAAUGAAGUUUGCUGUCACGGGAGGAUUUCUUUUUAUUUUAGGAGGUCUCUGCUCCAUGGUGGCUGUUUCUUGGUAUGCUGCGAUGGUUACUGCUCAAUUUUUUGACCCAUUGUACGCUGGAACCAAGUAUGAGCUAGGAGAUGCUCUGUACUUAGGCUGGGCUGGAUCUGUUCUUUAUAUGCUUGGUGGGAUCUUACUGACCUGUUCAUGCAAAGGGAAGAAAAAACAGGAUCACAGUUGCAACAAAUAUGCAUAUUCAGCAGGCCAUCAGCAGCACAUUUACACCAAAAAUGCUGACACAGUCAUAAGCAACAAAGAGUAUGUCUAA